AUGAGCGCCGCUAACGGCAACGCGUCUCUGCUCUCCUGCCUCCUCCGCAGCGCCGCGCGCCCAGCGGGAAUUUCCUGCCGCACCCGCGAUCCGCUCCUUCGCUCUCUGCCUGCUCGCGUCCCUCCUCCCACCGCCGCCGCCGCCGCAGCCGGAGCCGGCGCCGGCGCCACCACAUCCUCUGCGAUUCUAACGGCAAAUCAGAUCUCCGCGCCGCGAUCGGCCACUGCCAUGUACAUCCGCGCGGCGCCGCGUUACCGCGGGCCGUGCCACGUGUGCAGCUGGCAGCCGCUCGCGCGCGGCGGGCUUCUCGACCCGCACCGCGACAGCUGCGCCCUGGGACGGUUUAUUCCCCUCGCUUCCCUCCGCGUAUCCUCGCCCUCCUCUCGCCUUUCGUUCUUGCGCACGAGUGGCGAGCUCAAAGGCAGCAGCAGCUAUAGCAGGAGCAGCGGUGGUGGUGGUGGUUCUGGUGGUUCGUGUGGGGUUGGUGGUGGUAGAACUAGUGGUUUGGGUAGUGGUGGUGAUGGUGGGCGUGUUACUUGCAACGCUGCAGGGAGUGGUGCUGAGGGAUGGGGGAAGGGCGGAGGAGAGGCAUGGGGAAGUGGGCGGGGGAAAGGGAGAAGCUUCAGCGGCAGGGCAAGGGGCGGUGGUAGCUGGCUGGGCGAUGGGGGUGGAGGGUCGGUGAUAGGCGUAAGAUGGGAGGAGGAGAGUGCGGAGGAGGAGGGAGAGGACGAGGAGGAUGAGGAGGAGGGGGGUGGAAAGGGGAGGAGAGGCAAGGGUGGGAGGAGGGGGACGAGGCAAAGGGGGGCGAAGAAGCAGGAGCAGAUGGCAGUAGCAGAGGCAUACAGGCGGCACUACGUGGCUGCUGUCACUGCAGAGAAGGAGGACGAGCUAGCGGCAUGGCAGCAGCGCAUGGGCGGGUGGUCUAGGCAGCGGCUGGCAGAGGAGGGCUUUGCUCUCUUCAACCUCUCCGCCUCGCCCAAGGGCCGCUUCUUCAAGAAGCGCAUAGUGCAGUUCGCAUUGGCUCCAGCACAUGGAAGGCAGGGUGCUGCCGGGAGGAGUGGCACAAGCAGCGGUACAGGCGGUGCGGGCAGCGGUGGUGGCGGUGGUGUGGGUAGUGGGUUGCUGCCUCAGCAUCACUUGCUCUCCCAGGGAGACCUGGUGCUGGUAAAUUCUAGCAGCGUUGACACCAUUGACUUGGAGGACUCGCUGGAAGGAGUGGUGCUGGAGAGGGCUCGCAGGUACUUGCUGGUGGUGAUGGCUCCUCAAGACGUCGCCACACUUGCUCAACUGGACCAGCCCCUUCGUCUAGACCUCACCCUCAACACCGUUUCCUUUGACUGUGCGAUUGAUGUGGUUACCACCUUCUCCUCCCUCUCCCCCUCGGCGGUGACUCUCCCUGGUGCUGAGGAAGGGGAGCGAGGGGCUGGGGGGAAGGGGAGGGGGAGCGGGGGGGAGAAAGGGAGGGGGAAAAGUGGGGGAAAAGUGGGAGAGAAGGCAAGGGGAAGAGGGGAGGAGGGCGUGAUGGUGGGUGAAGGGGCGAUGGCUGUUUGGCGAGUGCUGAUUGGUUCUGCUAUGCGUGCAGGGCGGGAGGGGGUAGCGCUGCAGAAUGAAGGGUUCCUCCCGCUGCUAUCCAGCAAGAAGAAAAGCUCUGGGUCAGAGUCAGCAGCGGCAGCAGCAGCAGGGGCCGCAGGAGAGUUGAGAGGGCGAGUGCGAUCAGUGUUGCGAGAGAUGCAGGCAGAGAGAGAGAGCAGGGGAGAGGGGGAUCGAGACGGAGAGGGAACGGGAGAGGGAGAGCGAGAAAGAGAGAAAACGGGAGAGGGGGAGCGAGGGGGGAAAAGGGCGAGGCUGAACGCGAGUCAGGCUGCAGCGAUAGAAGUGGCGAUGGGGAGGAGGGUGACGCUGUGGCAGGGGCCUCCUGGGACGGGUAAAACCGCCACCUUGCUGCACCUCAUGGCUCUUGCUAGACGCGUGCUGGGGCAGGGAGAGGAUGGGGAGGGUGGUGGUGGACAGAGGAGGGGCGCGGAGAGAGGAGGUGGUGGUGGGCGGAAGGGCGGAGUGGGAGUGGGACGUGGUGGGAAGAAAGGAGGGGAGCGGGGUGGAGGGGGGGGAGAAGCGGGAGGGAGGAUUGUGGGGAAGGUGCUGGCUGCGGCAGAUAGCAACGUGGCGGUGGAUAACAUGGUGGAGGGGCUGCUGGGCAUGGGCUUGCGCGUGGUGCGCCUGGGCCAGCCAGUCAAGGCAAAAGAGUCCCUAAGGCAGUGCACUCUAGACGCGCUUGUGGAGGCCCACCCUCUCACGCAGCGAGCGGUGCAGCUGCGACAGCAGGCCAUGGCAGUGCGGGAGCAGGGCCGGGCGGAGAGGAACGAGGGCCGGCGCAGGAGUGCAGCACAGGAGGCCACACGGGUUUGGGAGGCGGCAGAUGCGACUCAAGACGCCGCUGCUCUUGAUGUGCUGGAGAGAGCGGAUGUGAUAGCAGCAACGUGCGUGGGGGCAGGGGAUCCCGUGCUCAGCAUUCUCCUGAGCCGCCACCCGUUGGCCUUUGCUCUCUGUAUCAUAGAUGAAGCCACUCAGUCCACAGAGCCAGCGACGCUGAUCCCCAUCUUGGCCAGCAGAGCGAGCAGUGUGGUGCUUGUGGGCGACCCCAUGCAGCUCCCACCCACUGUCGUUUCACAACGGGCCCUGCAGCUAGGGCUGGACGUGCCGCUGUUCUCGCGCCUGCAGAGCCAUGGCUUGCAGCCACUGCUGCUGGACACACAGUACCGCAUGCACCCAUCCAUAGCAACGUUCCCCUCGGCUAUCUUCUACCACCACCGCCUCCUCUCCUUCCCCACUCCGCAAGACCGACCCGCCCCUGCAGGCCCCGCCCACCCCAUCGCGUUCAUAGACUGCAAUGGCGUUGCAACGCCAAGCAGCAGCCCCACCACUACCGCCACCACCACCGCCACCACCAGCACCAAUAUGGCGGCACGCGAGUCGCUGGAGGAGAGUCCGGGAGACUCCACUUCCUGGAUGAACGCUGCAGAGGCGGAGCAGGUGGUAGUGCUGGUGAAGAGUCUACUGGCUGCUGGUGGCAUGGCCAAGGGAUGUGAAGACAUCGGCAUCAUCACACCAUACAGGGCACAGGUGAAUUUGAUUCGAGGCAUGCUGCAGAGGGAAGCUCAGGCCUUGGGAGGCGAGGGAAGCAGGGCAGUGGGGCGGGGUGGAGUGCGGUUGGCGAAGGUGGAUUUGGAAGACGUGGAGGUGAAGACAGUGGACGGGUUCCAAGGACGCGAGAAGGAGGUGAUCAUCGUCUCCACAGUGCGAUCCAAUCCCGAGGGGCGCAUAGGCUUUGUGGCAGACGCACGGCGCCUGAAUGUGGCCAUCACACGCGCCCGGAGAGGCCUGCUCGUGGUCGGCAGCCGGGCCACUCUCUCCUGCGACCCUCUCUGGUCGUUCUGGCUCGCCCACCUGAACCACCUGCAUGCCUCAUCUGAGGAGAAGCGCUAG